AUGAAUGCUGCCUCCGCGGAGGCAAGUAUAGCGUCGAAAACCCGGUUUCCUGAAGUUAGCUCAAAGAUUGUGGCAUACUGGCUCCUAGGGAGCGCUGCCAGCGUAUUUGGUAUUGUUGUGUUUGGUGGACUUACUCGACUAACGGAGUCGGGGCUAAGUAUAACGGAAUGGAGGCCGGUGACUGGAUCUCUGCCGCCAAUGAACGCGGAAGAUUGGGAGUCAGAGUUUGCUAAAUAUCGAGCGUCCCCAGAGUAUAAGGUACUCAAUCCGAACAUGACACUUGCUGAAUUUAAGAACAUCUACUACAUGGAAUGGAUUCACCGCAUCUGGGGGCGCUUUGUAGGGUUAUCCUUUGUGAUACCAGCCAUCUACUUCACCAUGGCGAAAAAAGUAUCUAAACCGAUGGCCCUUCGAUUAACUGGUAUCGCUGGCUUAAUUGGCUUUCAAGGCUUCCUUGGUUGGUGGAUGGUGAAAUCCGGCCUCAAGGAUGAUUUGUUCGCCCCAGGAAGUCACCCACGCGUGAGCCAAUACAGACUUACUGCUCACCUCUGUGCUGCUUUUGUUUGUUACGUGGCAAUGCUCUGGAAUGGGUUGGCAAUUCUCCGGCAGCACCGACUUCUUGCAGACCCUGAGAAAGGAUUGAAAAUUUUAGAAGCGUUACGGAAUCCAAAACUGAAUAUCUUCCGCCGGUCUGUCGCUGGACUCGCCCUUCUUGUGUUUUGCACCGCAAUGUCGGGCGGUCUUGUUGCAGGAUUGGAUGCCGGUCUCAUUUAUAACGAAUUCCCCACCAUGGGCAACGGAUUAGCGCCUCCAAAAUCAGAGCUUUUCGAUUCACAUUAUUCUCGUAAAGCGGAUGGGUCAGAUCUGUGGUGGCGAAAUAUGCUAGAAAAUCCCUCAUUGGUUCAACUGGACCACCGUAUUCUAGCCAUGACUACUUUCUCCUCUGUGAUGGGCCUCUGGGCAUACUCUAAAUUACCAACGAUGCGGCAGUUACUUCCCCGGGUAGCCUCCAAAGGUGUUCACGGUGUUGUAGCUUUCACCAUGGUGCAAGUUGGCCUUGGAAUCAGCACGCUUCUAUAUCUCGUUCCUAUCCAUCUUGCUUCAGCCCAUCAAGCGGGAAGUUUGUUCCUGUUGACCUGGGUACUUGUCCUUGGCAGCAGGGUUUGGCAUCCCUCUCGAACUGCCCGUUUACUUCAAAUAGCUACUAAAAUCAAAGAGGGUGGAGUUUCGCGGGCACGCCCUACUCUCGUUAAGGGAUCUUAA